AUGCCGAAUCUUGUAUUCGAUGACAACAUGGUUAAACUAUCAUCUAAUAUGGAAGAAGAAAUCGAAAAAUAUAAGCUUGUCAUUGCCAUCUUCCAUGUUUUGUUACUACACAAGGGUCCGAUAUCGGAACUCUGUAUGUAUAUCAGUAAUGCAGAAAUUGCUGAUGAGAUCGACCAGAUAAUACUUCAUCUUUCAUGGAGCAAGAAUAUCAAGAAUUUCAUUUUUAGAAGUUUUAAAUUUUACAAGCUACCGUGUUCAUUCUUUUCAUUGCAAGGAUUAGAAUGCCUAGAGCUUUUAUAUUGUAAAAUUGAGAUUCCAUUAAUGUUUAAUGGAUUUAGUAUGUUGAAGUGCCUAGGAUUCUAUUAUGUUAACAUCACUGCCAAGAUGCUUCAGCAAUUUCUUACUGCUUGCCCAUUACUUGUGGAAAUUACCUUGAUUGGAAAUCAUCAAGCAGACUUUACAGGAGGAAACAAGUUUACAUUUGUUGAGUUGUUCAAGUGUUUACCUUUAAUUCAGGCUGUGAACUUCUCGAGGGUUUAUAUGAAGCACUUCGCUGCAGGUGGUAUGUCACAGAAGCUCCCCACGUCACUAGUGUACUUGAGGAUACUUAUUCUUGAUCAUGUGUGUUUUCAUAACCAAGAUGAGCGCUCCUCCAUUCUCUGUGUGAUCAACAGCUCCCCAAAUUUGGAGUACAUUAAAUUGAAGAUGAUUCGUCCUGAUAGGCAAUACACUGUGCUUGAUCCUCAAGAGUAUUCGGAUCUCAACUUGGCUCAUCUUAAAGAACUGGAGAUAAUAAGUUUCCAUAACUAUACUCUAGAGAUGGAGAUUGUGAAACUCAUCAUGGCUAAGUCCCCUCUGCUUCAAAAAGCACGAAUAGAGCUCAAUAGAUUGGUUACUGUGCAUGAAGAAAAUAAGAUGCUUCGAGAUUUGAUAUUUCUGCCAAUACCACGUGCAUCACCGGCAGCAAAGUUCAUUAUCGAACGCCCUAAAAAAUAA